GUCAUUGGCCGUCAUGUUCAUCUAUAAGGUGACUGUGGGUCUGCUGGCCCUGCUGCUGGUUUGCACUAUCAGAGCUGAGGAGGAGAAGGUGGCUGAGGAGAAUUCUGCUGAAUUAUCUGUUGGUGAGCUGUUGGAGAGAGCUAACCGUGGCAUUGUUCGAGGUCCUGAUGAGCCAAAGGUUGUUGGAGACAUUGCUGUUGAUGAUGAAAACGAUGUGAGGAACGCUGAUCCCUGCACCUCCCAAGGAUGCAUGUGGCCCAAGUCCAGUGAUGGGUGGGUCUAUGUGCCAUUCGUCAUCGCCAACCACUUCACCUCCCGUGAGCUCCAGGUCAUUCAGCGUGGUCUAGACUCCUUCGCUUCCGUUUCCUGCAUCCGUUUCACACCACGCUCCAACCAGAGAGACUACAUCAGCAUUGUGUCUGACAGCGGAUGCUACUCUUAUGUUGGACGCCGUGGUUAUGCCCAGACUGUGUCUCUGGACCGCAAUGGCUGCAUCUAUCACAACACCGUGCAGCACGAGCUGCUCCACGCUCUGGGCUUCAACCACGAGCAGUGCCGUAGUGACCGUGACAACCACAUCCGUGUUGUGUGGGAGAACAUUAUUGACGGCUACAAGUACGCCUUCAACAAGAUCAAUACUCUGAACCAAGGGACUCCCUACGACUACAACUCUGUCAUGCAGUACCACAGAACUGCUUUCUCAAAGAAUGGUAAGCCCACCAUGGUCCCCAUCCCCAACAGCAACGUGUCUUUCGGUCAGGGAACCCAGAUGAGCCAAAAUGAUAUCACCAGACUCAACAGGCUCUACCGGUGCUAAAGAGAACUCUGUUGGUCCAACAAGGACAAGCCACAGAUGGAGAAGACCAGCAGGGAAGAUUUGUAUCUAUGUCUGCAUACAUAUGGAGAUCUUUUCAUGACUAUGUAAUUAACAGAAGAAAUAAAAUGUUUUAAAAGUCAAUAUUAAUGAGCUGAUUUACUGUGUCAUCAGUUCUGAAUAUACAGCAGGCUUUCGAGCUCAUAUAGAGAUACUGUUAAUGUUACACUUCCACAGUUUAUUCACACAUUCAACACAAAAAUCUAUGGUAAUAUAUGUAUUGACAGGUGAAUUGCUCUGUCUGUAUUGUCCUUGUAUGCGUACAGUGAGAAAUGUAUGUGCUUGUAUUAAGUGUGCAUCCAAAUUAAUGAAAUAUAGUGUAACUUUGUCUUUCAAAUUUUGGCAAUAAUUGUGUUAAUUUCAUAUGUUGUAGUGGCAUGGAAAUGAUCUGCAUUUUGGAAUCAAGUAACUUCAUGGCAUCCCUUAUUUCACUGUAUAGCAUAAUACACAGAAACCUCCCCAAAUUAAACAUGUUUUA